AUAAUGUUUAGUUUUCAAGAGUCAGCAGCGCCAUGCAGAAGCUUCUUCCACUCCUCGUCGUCGGGACUCUUUUAGCCGUCUCCAACGUCGAUGCGGCUGCCCAGAGGUUGCCGGAUAGCCGCAUUGUUAAUGGGCGAGAGGCCGCAGAGGGAGAGUUCCCCUAUCAGCUCUCACUGCGGCGCCACACCAUCCACAUCUGUGGUGCCUCCAUCCUCGCCAGCAACUGGGCUAUAACAGCGGCCCACUGCAUCGACAACCACGAAACGAGUCCCCGCGAGUUCACCCUGCGCCAGGGCACUGUCCUGCGCACCACAGGCGGUUCUAUCCAGCCCGUGCAGACCAUCUACAAGCAUCCCGCGUACGAUCGAACGGACAUGAAUUUCGAUGUGGCUCUGCUGCGGACUGCCGUCGGAGCCCUUUCCACGACGCCCAUCCGCCUGCCAGCUGUGGGCGAGGCUAUCCCGGAGGGCAUGUCCGCCGUCGUCUCUGGCUGGGGACACAUGGAUAUCAUUAAUCCCGUCCUGGCGCCGGUCCUCAUGAGCACCACUGUGCAGACGGUUAAUCAGGAAAAUUGUGACAGCGCCUUGAAAAAUCACGGCGGCGUCACUGAUGCAAUGUUCUGUGCGGCCGCAAGAAACACGGACGCCUGUCAAGGCGACAGCGGAGGUCCCAUCAGUGCCGAAGGCACUCUGAUUGGCAUCGUUUCCUGGGGGGUCAGCUGUGCGGAUCCCUAUUAUCCAGGCGUGUACACUCGUCUGGCCCACCCCACUGUACGCCGUUGGAUACGUCUGCUCACCAAAUUGUAAAUCUCCAUCAAUAAAGGAAAAAUACGGGAUAACAUGCGUGAUAGCCCAUUUUGAAUGUGCGCGCUAACCUCAUCGAUAGUUCCUGUCUGGUCAAGCAGCUUAAAUAUUGUAAACUAUUACCAGUGGUGCAGCCCAAACGAAAUGCCUUAUGUUGUUGUUGUCAUUUCCAACGCCCACUGUAAAGAUCAUUUGUUACCACAUAUGCAUAUGCAGCAGAAUUCUUUCGUCUCCUUAUAUCUCAAUCUCUCGUACUCGAUUUGGUUUACAUAUGCAAAUAAAUUCUGAAUUAUAAUAACAA